UGGCAGCAGUACCCUUGGGGGUGGCCAUGGCCCAUACCUCCCUACCCUUAUCCUUCUCAAGGGUGGGCUAGGCCCUCUCCUACAAAGCAGGCCGGUUUAUUGGGCCCAAGGCCACAACAGCAGCUGGCCUUCGUGCAGCAGGCCCCUUCUCCUUUUGGGCAGUCCACUUCAUAUAGCCCCACUGACAUUGAAGCCGCAAUGCACACUAUGUCUUUGCAGCAACCUGAUCCGGCUUGGUACAUGGACACCGGUGCAACAUCUCAUAUGACUUCCUCUGCCAGAUUAUCGGACGGGGAGGCAAUAAUGAGAUGUAAUAGCCGAGGUGACCUUUAUCCCUUUUCAGCUUUCCACAACGAUCAAGCCAUUCCUUCAACUUUUGCUGCCGUUACUACUAAAAUAUGGCAUGAUUGGUUGGGUCAUCCGGGAUCUUCUAUUUUAGAUGUGCUUAGGAAGAAUAAAAUCAUUGAUUGUAUUAAACAUUCUAGCUCUAGUAUUUGUGGUUCUUGUGUUCUUGGAAAACAUAUAAAAUUGCCGUUUGUUCCUUCACUUUCGAGUACUUCUUUGCCUUUUGAUAUUUUACAUAGUGACCUUUGGUCCUCUCCUGUUUUGAGCUCUGCUGGACAUAAAUAUUUUUUUUUUUUUGGAUGAUUAUUCCAAAUAUUUGUGGACUUUUCCGAUAACCCGGAAAUCGGAUGUUUAUGACAUUUUCUUGACGUUUAA